GCAGCUUUAGGGUUGAUGAAAGAACGAGUGUACACUUACAAGAAGACUUACUCCGAAAGAUUCACCAUCGUGGAUUCUAUGUUCCAACAGUUCUUCGAACCACAUUGGGAACAAUUCAACAAGAAGAAAAUCAAAUCAAGCUACAUUUGGCCACAAGAAGUGCUUGAUUACUUGGUAGGUGAUGAUAACAAUUUCAAAAGGAGUUGGAAAGACAUUGACGAAGUGUUUACCCCAAUUAAUUUUUCUGGGACACAUUGGGUGUUGUUAGAGAUAUCAUUGACAAACUGUCUUAUAAAAGCUUAUGACUCUGAUAUCACUGUGGUCUCCAACAAGGAGUUUGAGAAUAAAAUGAGCAGAUGGGGAAAAAUGCUACCAUUUCUAAUUCAAUCCAGUGGGCUGUUAAGCCAUAGGAAAGAUGUCCAACUACAAGCACAGAAAGUGCGUUUUGAGUUCACAAGACUUGGCACAGAAAAAGUGCCACAGACCAAAACUAGUGGCGAUUGUGGGGUAUAUGUCAUCAAACAUCUGGAGUACUUGCUAGCCAAAAAACCGCUAUCCGAAGUGAAUGACGACAACAUGGAUUUCUUUAGAAAAAAGACUUGUGUAGAUUUGUUUUACCAUAACUUACAACCAUAGUUGUCUUUUAUUUAAAUAUAUGUAUCUUACUUUUGAAUGUAUGAAGAAACUAUGUCAACUUCAUCUCAUUAAAUGGUAUUGAAUGACUUCGUUUAUUUCAUCUUAAUAGUGGAAUGGAUAAAUCU